AUGUCACAACAUCAAGACAAAGAAACUAUGCAACAAUGUGCUCCAUCACAUGGUGACAAUGGUUCGGAAGAGUUUAUUUCGGUUGAUGAAGUCAAUAAAGCUUCAGAAUCAAGUGCUUCCGAUUCAAUGAUCAUGGAUGACAAACAAGUGAAUUCUGACGAAAAUGCUGCAAUUUAUGAGAAGAAAAUUCCAAAAGCUUUAAUCGAGUUGAAGAAAAUAUUUUCUGAUGAUUUUGAUUUUGAAGUGUUGAAGAAUACGUAUGGAUUGAGUAAGAAUGAGGCUCUGGUUGAGGGGAUUGAAAAGGAAAAUAGAUUGAAAUUGAAUAAGGUUCCACCAGUAUUUUUCAAAUGUAUUCACACUCUCAAGUUGGGUGAGCGAGCCUUUUUUAAAAUUCAUAAGGAUUUGUAUCCAGAGUUGAAGGUUACUCGUUUGGAUCCAGUUCAGGAUGAUGUGGAAACUACAAAAUUAAUUGACCUUCUUAAAUGCCACGAUUAUUAUGGAGUUCAAUAUAUCAGCAUUACACAUUUGGAAUUGAAGGAGGCACCUUCACCAAAGGCAUCCUUUGAAGAACAUCUCGAGCAAAUCAGUAAGAAGAGACUUGAAGGAAAUGUGCUCUUUAAGGAAUGCUCAUUUGCUAAAGCAUUGAAAACAUACAAUACUGGAAUUAUUUUCGUUAAUGAGGCCAAGUUAGAUGAUGGUAAAAUUGAUGAACAAAAGGCAAUACUGAAAGAAGAACGUAUCAAGCUCUUAACCAAUAUUGUCAGAUGCCAAAACUCACUUAACAAUGAAAAGAAUCACAAGCUAUGCCUUGAUACUUGUGACAAGAUUCUCUUCUACGAGCCAGAAAACCACAAUGCAUUCUAUUUUAAAGCCAAAACUUACAAUACACUCGACGAUUAUUCAAGAGGUCUUGAAUGUAUGGAAAAGGCAAAACACUAUUUUUCCACUUACCAACAAAAGAAUAGCAGUGAUCCAAUUCAACAAAAGAAGGACGCUGAACUGAAAAGCAGAAUGGAAAUUAUUGAAAGGCAAUUACUCAAAAAGAAGAAACUCCAAGAAGUACAGGACAAUAAGCUUAUGAAAUCCAAAAUGACUAACAUGUUCUCUGAGGAACUCUAUGCUGAUACAGAACCAUAUGAUGAGGAAGAGUAUUGGAGAAAACAGCAAGAGGAAGAUGAAAGACUGGGCCGUAAGCCAUGGUUCAUGUCAGAUGGCACCAUUCACUAUCAACAAUUGUAA